AUGAAGCCUGUCACCCAAACCACCCUGGGUAUUUACAUUCCAGAGAAGAACCAGGAAAAGCUUAACGAAGCUACUGUUAUUGCAGCUGGUCCUGGUGUCAACGACGUUACCACCGGUAAGCUUGUGCCAGUCUCUGUCCAAGCCGGUGACAAGGUUUUGUUGCCAAACUUCGGUGGUGCUCCAAUCAAGGUUGGCGGUGAGGAAUACUUGUUGUUCAGCGACCGUGAGAUCUUGGCUAAGAUCGAGGACAAUUAA